AGCGGGAAAAGACUUGAAGCUUCUACUCCAACCGCCUUUUUGCUUAUCACCGGGUGAACAAACCACUUUCCCGGCUUCUCAUUGGGCAGGCGGCGACGCGUCCAAUCGCGCGCCAGGUGUCCCUCGGUCCGCUGAAUGGGGUAGGCGGAAGGGGGCAAAAAACAACGGAGAGGUUGCGAUUGGACGCGCGGGCUGCCCAAUGCGCAAAGAAGCCGGCGCCGAUCAGGGGGUUUGGAGGAGGAGGUGGAGGUGGUGUGCCCUAUAUGAACAUAGGAUUGGCCCACCUCUCCGGAGACGGACGUCGGCAACCGCCAGUUAACGCGAGCAAGGGGAGGGGAGGCGUGCUGGAAUCACACUUUUGCCUCGGGCUCGCCCUCUAUUGGUGGCCCUGAGCUCCAUACCCUCGUGGUUAAAUGUCUUGAGACCCGAGGGAGGAGGAGGCGGGCCUACGGGGGAGGAGAAAAGGGAGCGGAGGGAGGAAAGUCGGCGCCUUAUUGGCCGCCCGGCUGCGGGUGCUGGCCAAUCGCGCGGUGGAGGGAGAACCUCGGCGGGCCCCUUCUCUGCCACCCGGCCGUCCCCUCCCCUCCCCCCUCCCUGUCAGGCUUGGUAACGGCUGCCUUGGCUGUUCUCGCAACGCCGUCAGAGCCAGUCUGGGCUGCAGGGUGAAGGGAGCUACCACGCCCCCCUGCGCGGUCAUGGCGGGGGCAGCGCGACGCCCCUCUCUGGCCCCUGGUUUCCCUUGAAGAGGGGGCGGGUGUGUGUGGAGUGAGAGGCGCCCUUAAACCUGUGUAGGGAAGGGGAUGGAGGUGAGGGGGUGGCCGAGCGGAGGGAGAGCAAACGGCGGGGGUUGCUCUCCCUAGGGCGGGUAGGUUGAGGGGUGCGGGGCGCUGAGGGGGGAGAAGGGCCCAAGGGAGCCGCUGAGGGGCGAGGAGUUGAGGCGCGGGGGGCGCUGUCGAAAGAGUAAGGGGUCUUGAAACGGUGGGGGGCUGCGUCUGGUGGGCUCCCCCUCCCCAGAGAGUGGGGAAGCAGCUCUUCCGAGUUAGGUUUGAAUAGGAAGAUGGAGGGGGGUGGGAAGGGGUCGUCGGAAGGGGAGAGGCGAGGAGAAACGAGUGCAGAGGAAUUUGGGGAAGCGGGCGACUCGACAAGUUCGGCGUGUCCCUGGGAUACCAGAACCGGGACACCCGGUUGUGUGGAACCAACUGUUGGCCAAGUCGUGUGUUUUUUUGUUUUCACUUCACACUCCCCCCCCCCCCUCAUCUGCCUGCCAUUUCUCAGUUGUUCCUCGGCAGAGAAAUGAUUGCCUUCAGAACAGCGACACCUGUUUGGCUCUCAGUCGGCUUAGUUCCCGAAAAGCAGAAUUUGAGAGAGUCAAAGGCACCUGUGCAGUUUUCCCCCUUGGCUUUCUCAUACAUAUAUAUAUAUAUAUAUAUAUAUAUAUGAUUGCAGAUCAGGCCUCGUUGAUACUUUGGAGAAAUGGGGAGGGGUAUGUAUGUAAUAGACUGGUUCUCUCAAACUCAGCAUAAUAAUGCAGUGUGUAGGCAGUCCGAAAGUGGGGGGGAUGUUGGUAUCUGUAAAACAAACAAUUUAGAUGUAGGUUAAUUUGUCUUUCCACUUUUUUGUCUCAGCCCAAAGUAGCAUUCAGAGGCACCAGCCGCUAUUUGAAUAGUGCAGAGUCCAGUGGAAGACUGACGGACGUGUUCAAUAACGUUAUCAUGACAGGUUGCAGCUCCUUCUAUGAUUGCUACAAAUUGCAGGUUCAGUCAGUUUUUUAUCAACUUGAGAUAAUUUUCUUUUAGAAAUACAUUAGAGAGUUUUCAUAAUAAAGCAUUAUGUAGCAUUACACUAUUAGCAUGGUUCGAUUUGAUUUUACUGGCCUGAUAAUAAACACUGUAUUUGAAAUGCAUUAGAGCUGCUUCUCAUGUGAUUUCUGUACUUGAGUAAUAACAGGGUACUAUAAAUUAAAGUAAGCAUCAUGUGGGGGGGGGACACACGCUCUUUAUAUGUUACUCUAGUUCUGUGGUAUCCAAACUCCCAUCCUCCAGGGCAACUUGAAAAUUCCUCAGAUUCUUGGCAGGCUACAAUUAUUUUUAUGCCUGUUGUAGAAAUUGCAGUACAUUGUACUUGAUUCUGUAGAAUUUUUAAUUUUUACCUUUAUUGCUCCUUUUAGUUCUUAUAUAUUGUAUUUGAUUCAUUUUAUUAUAAUUUAAAGUCCGUCAGAUUCAAAUUGUAGUCCAGUAAAAUACAAUAUAAGAAAUAAAAGAAGAAAUAAAAAUACAAUUAAAAAUCAGUAUGGAGUGGCUAUGUCAUCUUCCACCUUCAGCCACAAAUUCAGACACGCUGCAGACCACCUGAAUGCAGCUUGCAGACCACGGUUUGGGAACCCCUGCUGUACUCAUAAUGCUCAUUUCCUUAUCAUCUGUGUCGUACAAUGAUAUCCAGGAGGGCAGCCGUCUAUAGUCAGUCUCCUGUCAUAUCCAGAAGAACUUGGAAGGAAUGGGACUACAUGAAAUACUUACCCUUCUAAUGUGUUACAUUUCAACACUCACUUCUAAGUACAUGAUAACUCAUUAUAGUUGAACUUUAAGUUAAACAUAUUUGAAAACUUGGGUGAAAAAGCAUAUGCCCAUGUUUGAAUGGCAGUUAACUCUAUUAAUGUGCAAGUUCUCCAAGGAGUUCCAGAGUGGUGUGUAUGGGCUUUCAAGCUGUUCUGAAAGGUAGAGUCCUUUUUUCCCCAAACACUGCUUGGGCGUCUAGUAGAAGUAUCCAAUGUUUUCAGUGAAUAGUGGACUUACUUUCUUUUAAAUUAUCUUCACACCCCCAAUUGCUGUAUUAGUGUGGUGCCAUGUCCUCUAGUUUGAUGAGCUGAUGUGCUGAUGCAGCCCUGUAGAUUGAUGAUCCAGGUUCAGAGGUAGUGUUUGACUGAAUACCUGUUUCUGGGACAACAGUGUGGCAGGGCUGUUUCUUUCUUGCUCUGUUAACUAGAUGGUCAUUUAGUUUGAGCUAAUUUGAGCUAGUAGGGUACCUCUUACUUUCUUGUAGAGCUACAUCAACUGCCCUAGUAAGCUACCUAUUGUAUGGAGUGCUAGACAAAUACAAAUUGUGAUAUAGAGAGGAAGGUUCAUACUUCUCCAUACCAUGAAUGGCUAGCAGUGUACAAACACAAAAGGGCUUUCUCUGGCAGUACCUCAUCUCUGAAACCCUUCUGAGGAAGACCAGGCAUACUUUUUGCAAGGCUAUGUUCAGGAAGAAUUUGAAUAAUUUUUUAUUUCUUAAGAUCAUUGGAAGGGGAUAGGUAUAUAUAGGCACUGUGGUUUCUAUAACUAAUCCUUAAUUAUUGAAAAUUGUCUCAAUGGAUUUUAUGUUGUUAGCUGCCUUCAGUACUCUUCAGGAAGAAUAGAUGGGGAAUAAAUUUAAUUAAUAAAUAACCCCAUCUUUCAGUGAGAGAGUAGUACACAAUAUCUUAACUCCCUUCUGACUGCAUCUGCAAAUAAAAUAAUAUAUCCUUUAAAAAUAAAAUUUCUGAAUAGCUAACUAUCUUCCAUUUGCUUCUCAGCUAAGCAUCCAGUUCUGAUAGAUAAUUUACAGGCAUCCUAACUUUUAAUGGGAUUUAAAAGAAAGGUUUAGCAAAUUCAGUUUAACACUUGCAUAUUAAAAGUUACUACUUAUCAGAUUGUCCAUAAUGAAUUUGUGCAACCAUAGCUGCUUCAAACAUUUUCGUAUUCUCACUUAGCCAUGAAUUGUCUAGCUCAGGUGGGCAGAAGGUAGAUUACUAUCUUCUGAAAGAUCUUGGAGUAAUCUACUCCAAGUAUAGUAGUUUGGCAAGUAUAUCUGAUUCUCACUUGUUUAACAAAUAAAGAAAGCUUGUGUGAGGGAAAUGAGGGAUUUUUAAUGGAAAAGUAAUGUAAACUUAGUUCUGAUAGGAAAAAAAAAAUUUAAAGCCUGAAGUAAAACCUGCUUUAGGUCUUAUACAAGUCUUGUCUCUUUAGCUCCUUAGCAGUUGGUAUUGGUUGUUAGACUUGAUGCUGGAAUAUAGAACUAGAAAAUAUUUCAAAUUCAUUUUUCCAAACAUUAAAGAGAAUUGUAAAAUAUUUUGUUCAUUAAAAGUACUGUAUAAAUGAUAAUAUAUGUGAAUGAACAGCCAUGGAAACUGAACAAGCAAUCAUUUCAGCAAUUAAAAUUCAAUGCAUAAGGCGUAACUCAGUUUUCAUUUUCAAUUACUUUGAUCAGGUAUCACAGUGCAUUUAUAAGCUUAUAUUUCCCAUGGAGACAGAAUGUGUUGUAUACCACAUGGGCUUAGGCAUGCAGCAUUACACACAUUACUCUAUUGCUGGAUGUUUUCCCUGGACAUCACACUUUCGUGCAUCCAGUAUACAAAACUGUGGAUUAGGAUUACUUCAUUGGGGGUCAUAUGAUGAACACAUCACUUUGACAUACUUUAUUCAUUUACACAAGUAAAACUGAUUGCACACUGGAUGCCUUAGUAAUAAAUGAAAUCCAAAUAGAAUUCCCCAUAGUACAAAGUGUUUUAUAAUAAAAUUUAGCCCAACAAGUAUAAAUUAUCUUCCACUAUGCAAAAUCCUGCUGAAUUGUGUUAAGUUUCAACAACAAAUUCCCUUUAACUGGGAGAAGUAAUAACUUACUCCUACCUCAGAGAUUAAUUUGGAAACAAAUUUUAUUUAGUGUUGUUUACUGGUUUUCUUAGAAACUAAAAAACAGAAGUAUGUUAAAUUAGGGAACAUUAUCUCUGGAACUGUGGGGGGAAAUACUCUCAAGGGUUUUAAAGCAAAAUGUAGCUAUAUUUGUGGUUGCUAUUAUAUACCUUUGCUGUAGCCUAUUUCAGAUCAGUAAAAGUCCCCGCCCCCCUACCCGUCAAAGUGGCUGAGUAAUCUCUCUUUAGUGUGUCGUGAUCUGGCUCCUUUGCAGUAGUCGUGGGGACGACUAGUACUGUCUGGAAUCAAUUAGCUGAACUUGAUGGCCUUUGGUCCUUUCCAACCAAUUUAUUCUCAAUUUAGGAAAUUAAUUAUGAAAUUAAUGCAUUAAAAUUAAUAUUUUUAAUAUUAAUUUUCUCUUCUUGAAUUUAAAAUACAGAGUGAAGAGAAUGUAGACUUACGGCAGACUUACAGUACUUCAAUUUCUACAGCUUCUGAAUGUUCAAACCACGCUGAUUCAUCUCUUUUCUAUGUCCCAUGGUCUACAUAUGCAGAUGAUAUUAAACAACCCCCUAGUUCUCAGAUUAGUGUAAAGAACAGGUACAUAAUUUAACUGUUAUAUGACUAGGAAGAGAAAAUUGUAUGGUAAAUAGUUUGCUUAUUUUCAUUGCAUUAAUUGCUAGUUUCUACAGAAGGGUACAAAUUGACAAUACAUGUCCAAAAAACAUGAUGUGUUUUUUGGAGAGAAUUUGUGAAUGGUGGGUUUUUAUUUUUCAUGUUCAGAAUCCAUCUUGAUUCUAUAGUUGGUGUCAGAAUUGAGUUCUUUUCAGGUCAGGCUAGCAACUCAGAAGUUUUUUUGCUUUUUGAUGUAGAAUGCAGCUAUGCUCACUUUCUUUAAUUUAUAUUGCUUUGAUUUGUUCCAUAUAUUGUAAAGGUGUCUGUCAGGCAUCAGCCACUUCAUUCUGUUCUUACCACCUAUUUAUAGCAUAUGAGAAUGAGCAACUCCUCUGAAGCUUUCCUGAUUGGGUCUGGGUGGGUGUGGAAAUCCUGAGCCAAACUUAGAACUCAGAAAGGUAUUAUUAUACCCUCUUCUAUACCCCAACCACACUCCCCCUGCCCAUGUCAUUGGCAGGAGCAGCAGAGGGAGUUGAAAAGAAAUACUUCUUUCCUUUUCUCACCCCCCUCAGUCUAAUAGAAAAUGGAUUUGUGGCUGUAGUUAUUUCAAGAGCUCCUGCAGUUGCAUGAACUGUAAGAACUGCAUCUUCCAUAGUUCACUGCACCCCAUCACACUUGGUAUAAUCUACUGCACCACAUCAGUGAGGGCAAAAGAAGAGGGGAGCAAGCGAGCGAGGGAAGAGAAAAUUUAUUUGUGCUUCUGUUGUUUUUCCACUGAUGGGGGAAGGAAGAAUGUGGGAAGGAAGGGUAAUGUUCAGAGUGCGUAGCAGGGAUGGCAUUAGGGUGUGGAGAGGAGUGGCAGAUUUUUAUUUGAGUGGGAGAGGAAGUUUGGAGUAUGUAAAAUAGGUGUUAGGAACCUUUGGCCCUCUAGAUAUUGCUGAACUACAACUUCUAGCAAGCAUGGCCAAUGGCAAUGAAUGAUUGGAGUUAGAGAGCUGAAGUUUCUCCACACUUGCUAUAAAACAUACCUUUCCUUUUGAGGUGGGUUUUCCAGUGCCCUGAAAUAUUCUGAGCCUGGCUUGGGAGAAAUUUGCCAGCACCACUAGAACUGGGUUAGUGUACGGCAUAUGUCAAAGGAUAGAGGUGUGAUUUAGAUGAUCUUGAGAUCCUGGUAUAGCCCAUUUAAUCUAUGGAUCCUUUAUUUGGAAACUUUCCCAGUGUUUCAUUCUUCUAUGGAAAUUUUCUAUUUCAUAUAUUUAUUAGCAACAAUGAAUGGGAGCCAAAUGCAAAUACAGCAUUGUGCAAAUACAAUAUUAGGCAAAGUUGGUAAUUUCACAUUUCUAGCUUUGUUUAUUAAAGUAAAAUAAACAUGGCCAGUAAGAUCAGUCUAGGGCAUAAGAAAAUUGAUACAAAUUACCUGAGUUCAAAAUCUUGUGUUAAACCACACCACUGUUUAUCAGUUGAUUUCCUUACAACAUAGUAACAUCAUUUUUCUUCCUGCUGUCUAAAAUCUUACAAGAGAUUGUUUAGCUGGGCUGCCUCAACUUGGAGUGGGGAAGCUGGUUCACCAGGCUUUUACUUUUAGCUCACCAUGCUCUUUUUGGCAAGCCAUGCCUACCUGCUCCAUACAUGACAUCAGGUGUGAGGCAGGUAAGGGCAGGGCUUCAAAGGAACAAUUGGGAGCUUAAAAUGAGUUGCCAAUUGUUCCUUUGCUACAGCAAGACAUUCUUUUACUGCCCCUUAGCUGAUGGGUGGCAGAGGCAGCCUUGCUCCAAGAGGGUUAAGCAGUUCUAAACCGCUGAAAAACACAGGUGGGUGGGACCUCCAGUUUAUCAGCAGUUUCAAUGGAAACCAUUUCUCCAUCCCUAUACUGCUUCUUUGACUUCUGACAACCAGAGGUUCAAGGAGCAGUGUGGGACUGUUUCAAAGCUCCUUUGCAAGCAGCCCCACUCUGCUGCUUGAACCUCCUGUUUUGAGAGGUUCAUGGAGCAGCAUGGAGCUAUUUACAGACUUUCAAACAGUCCUGUGCUGUGCUUUGAAGUCAAAGCUCAUUGUCACCUGAUAUCACGAUGAUGGGUGAGUGACAGGUUGGUGGACCUGCUCACCUGUCAGAUUUGGCCCAGCAGGGGUAGGGAGAUAAGGAUCUGACCUGCCAACCAGAAAAAGUUUCCCACACCUGUCCUUGGGGUUUGCCUGCAGCAGGGAUGAACACAUUGUAUGUGGUUCAAGUCUGCAUGCAGUCAAAUAUGCGCAGUCUGCAUGUGAGGCGGACAAGUUAAAUUAUUGAAUCAUUUGUAUAUUCCACUCAUCGACAGGUUUAACAUGCUGUCAUUCAUAAUAGUCUGCGGGAAUUCUGAACCGCAGGCUCUCAUAAUAUGUCUGGGUGUACAAUGUACUAUAAAUAAUCUGAACAAAAAAAGAACUUGCUGGGCUUCAAGUCAACAUGAUGGUUGUGACGUGGGUCUUUGACAGCUUGGGAAGCAGCACAGUCAAGAGGUUAAAGGGAUUUUGAUUUUCUUCCCCCUUUUGUAGAUGGUGAAAUGUCUCAGUGGUCUACAUUCAGCCUUUACAUUCCAUGCUAGCUCUCAAACAAUCUGUUAAUGUGUGAGAUCUUUGUGGAACACAGGCAGCUCUAAAAGCUGCAGUUCCAGGAUAUUGUUGAUUUUUUUUUGGUGGCAAAUGUUAUAGCUAGAAAUAAUAGAAAUGUAAAUAUGAAUAUAGGCAGACAUUCUUAGCAAAUACUUAACCUACUUUUCUCACCCCACUUAGGAUUCAAACAGAAAGAAAUGACUAUGGCAGUGAAACAGACUUAUAUGGACUUGUGUCUAACAUCUUGGAAGAACAAGAUAAAUCUCAGCCAUAUUUUGCUGACGGGUUGGUAAUAUAUUCAACAUAGGAUAGUAAUUUCCUACACAUCUACUCACUUUUUCCAACUGCUCUUGUUCCACUGAGAAUAUUCUGCAUCUGCCAUCAGUGGAAGCUUGUAAUUUCUGCUGCCAUUAUCAAGAAGGCAGUAAUGCAUAUUAACCUGAAUCUUACAUUUUUUUAUUAGUGUAUUUGUGGUUUUGGCAAGUACUUUAAACAGCUUAUUACACAUCAUUCAUAUAUAAAGAUGUGCAUUAAAUAAGUGGUAUGCCAACUACAUGCAGACCUCAAGUAUCGGUUUUGAACCCCCCCCCCCCAAAAAAAAAAAGUUUAGUGUGAUCUAGCUUGAUACAUGUCUCUGGCUUUCACAGUCUUCAUUUGAAAUUAUACCAAUAGCUCUGACAACACACUGGCCAUGGGACAUACCAAAAGUAAAAAUAAAGAUUAGUAUAAUCGGUUAAAAUCUAUGUAAGGAAUUGUGCAACUGUUUAUGUUUCAUUCUUGUAGGGCGUGCGCCUCCAACUUAAAAUCAGUAUGGCCUGUGAGCACAACCCGAUUUACAGACCACCCUGACCUGCUGUCGGAAACAAAGAGGCCAAUAGAUGGAGCCAUCCCUCAACAGACUUUUUAUGGUGGAGAAACUUUGCCCGUGUCUGACAAACAGUAUAUGCAUGCUGGUCCUGUAGCAUUGCAACAGAAAGUGGAUGACCUUUACCAUGGGCUCACUAACAUCGACAUUGAUGAGCAAUGGCUGUACCCUUCCAGGAAUGAUCAUGUCAGCUGUUAUAAUAUUCAGAACAAUGAGAAUGCAAAGACACCACAGUUUCAAGACUAUUCAUAUGUGAAAACAUGUUUUGCCCCACAAACCAGUCUUUUAGAAGCAAUAAAAGAAUCAGGAGCAGAUACUUAUGCUUAUGGAAGGGAUAAGGUAGGUCCUAAAGGACAUGAUGCACAGGUGCACCAAAAGAGAGCUGAGAUGCUUCUUUCACAAUUCAGUAGAUAUGGUGAAAGUGCAGAUUAUUGUAGAUACCUGGAUUAUUCUCAUCCAAAUAAAACAAAGCAUAAUAAAAAUGCAAAUUAUAAUGUUCAAGAGAGUAAAAAAUUGCCAAGUGGAACACCUGAGUUACCAGCUUUAGAUACUGAUAAUUAUAGUAAACUUUUUCAAAAUAAACCAGCUGUUCAGAAGAAAAUGGAAGAUGUCUCUUCAGAACAGCAGAAUUUUACAUUUCAAAAGACUACCGGACUCAUGUCAGAAAAGCAGUUUGUGAAUGAAAAUUCAUUUACCCCUGACUUUGGUUUAAAAUCAGAUUUUGCCCUCAAAUCUCACACAGCUGUUUCGGGGAGUGGUGAUUUUGCAAAUGCUACAGAAAAUUCAGAAUAUUUCAAAUCACUGAAUAUCUUAUCAACAAACCCAGUAACUUCUUCAUCAGGCACAAAUCUAAGGCCAACAUGGAUCAACAUACAGACUAAAAACAGUUCCUCCAUCCCUAUUCGGAAUCAAAGCACCUUGAUAAAGUUGAAUAAUCAUUUAACUGCUGGUUCAAAAGGUUCCAAUCAUUCUUAUGAUUUUUCUCAGUUGCCAUCAAGCAAUGCAACUUUAAGCAAUAAUUUGUUGCUCCAGAAAUAUUGCCAAGAAAACCCCACAGUAUUUUCCGGUUUUGAUUUCAAUGAUAGCAACGCUGGAGACAGAGUUCAGUCUGCCGGUCAUACAGAAGGAAUGGGUAAGGUAACAGAAGAAAGUCUUUUUGAGUCCAUGAUUGACAAAAAAAUCAAACCAAACGGUUUUUGUGAUAACUAUACACAGCAAUAUGGGAUCAUUGAAAAUGUGAACAAGCACAAUUUUCAAGUUAAAUCACAGAAUGGACAUUAUGAUGCUGAGGACGGACAAAAACAUCUAGAUGGACUGUCACAGAAUACUUACCAAGAUUUACUGGAGUCUCAAGGUCACUUCAGUAGUCACAGGCAAGGAAGUGGAGACAAUAUUGUCAGUAACCGUGUGAACCGCACUCAGGCUUCUUGCUUUUCAAACAAUUUCAUGAUGGGUGACUUGAGGCACAGUCCAAGUGUUCCACAGCUUAAUUCAAACAGAUUUCCUUUGAAAUCUACCCAUCCUUUUGGGCAUUCUGUCAUUCCCCUGAUGGAUUCUUAUGAUUUGUUCUCCUAUGAUGAUUUAAGCCACUUGUACCCUUAUUUUAAUGAUAUGAUGUACGGAGACAAUUCUUUCACAGGCUUCAUGCCAACAUUUGGAUUUCAAAGACCAAUGAAAACUAGGAGUGGGUCAGCCAGUGAACUUCAUAUUAGGUUGGAAGAAUGUUAUGAACAAUGGAGAGCUUUGGAGAAAGAACGGAAAAAGGUAAGAAGAAACAUGCAUAUCAGAAGGGAGUACAAAACGGGGAGUAGAUACAGCAGUGAACAGAAUCUUUGAAAUUACUUAAUAAGUAUAUUGAGUAGUUUCAAAUAUUCUGUUCACUACUGUAUCUAAGAAACAGGAGGAUUAGGCUAAGCUUAUAGGAACAGCUUUCUUAUCAAUGCCUAGGACCAGAGACAAGGAACAGGUUUGGGCUGCUCAGUCUUCAGUCCUGAUCAAUUGGAAAUUGCUGGCACAGUUGUUUAAACCAGUACUACUUUAGAGAGGUCAGGGUCUUGUUAAACUGUUCGGUAAUCCUUGUUAAAACAGCCUCAAGCUUGUCAGAAAACAUAAAUGUAGUGCAGGUCCAAGAACUGAUAGUUUUGAUUGCUGCAAAAUCUUUUUGUGGACCACUUGAAUGGAAUUUGCAGGCAAGAGGCAAUUUAGUUUCUAGCCUCUAAAGCCCAAUCGAAAAAAAAUACUUCUGACAGUUUUCCUAACAUUCCACAAUUCUAUUCUAGCAGCCUCCUUUGAGCUCAUAUUCCUGCAUUUUUUGCAACAUAGUAGCAUUUUAGAAUGUCACUUGUGCUUGCUGGAGCUAAAUCGUUUACUUAGCUGUAUGAUGCAGCUUUGAUUGCGUAUUAAAAGACCUACCGUAUUGGCCCCGAUAGAAGCCUCCCCGGAAUAUAAACUGCUCCCUUAAAAUUCUGCAGGCACUCACAUCACACCCGUUCUGUUUUACCGUAUGUCUGUUUCAGCAGUGAUAUCGUAAAAGCCAAUUUUUGUAAGGUCGCAAAUUUAAGCCGCACAUUAACUUUUCACGGUCGGAAUUUGUAAAAAAAGAGGCUUAUACUCCGGCCAAUACGGUAUAUACAUAAUGCAUAUUCUAAAUUGUUGUGAUACGUUUUUAGUUCUAACACUGUUCCAAUAUAAUUGGUGUUUGGAAGUUAAAAUAAUGGACAUUAAAAUAUGCCUGUUUUACUUUUUGAAGGCUCUGAAUGUAAUUUAUGGUCUGUUAAAAUUAGUAGGGAAACCUUCACACUGACCAUUGUAGAUCUAAAUUGUACCCUUUCUACAGAAUUCUGCAUAAUUCUUAUUCUCUGCAGGCAGCAUGGCAACAAUUAGUUAGUUAUUUUGCAAUACUUUGGGUAACAAUAUUUAUGUUUUGUUUUCAAUUUGCUCCCUCAGCUGCAGGUGUGUUUUGCUUCUUGAGAUUUUGAAUUAUUCUAGUCCAGCUCAACACCCUUUGUCAAAUUAGAAAUAGGAUGCUGAGUUUUGUAACUAUAGGUUACUACACUAUUUUUUAUAAAUAAAGGUUACUACACUAUUUUUUAUUUUCGGGAGUUUGGGUUUGGCUUCACAACUGAGAUGCCACUAAUGGCUGUGUUUCAAGUAGAUACCCUCAUCAUUUGUAUCCCAAAAGAAGAAUAAAUCAAGUUUCCUAUAAUAUACUCCCCAUAAUUUACCGUCUGUAACAUGACAGAUUAAUUGUAUCUUUUCCAGACUGAAUCAGCUCUUGCCAAGAAUUACCCUGGGAAGAAAGUGUCUAGUACUAACAACACUCCAAUUCCAAGACUGACAUCAAAUCCAUCCAGAGUUGAUCGCUUAAUUGUGGAUCAGUUACGAGAACAAGCCAGAGUGAGUUAUUUAAUGUCAAAAUACCAAAUUUUGACUAGUUUGGACCCUUCACGCCCAAGACCUUAUCAGCCUCUUCUGCUCCCCAAACUGGCACAAGUAUGCCUCUAAUUCUGUCUCUCCUGAACAUCGGAAUUGUGAUGCUAGAUGUUCCAAACACAAAACGUAUAUGGUUGUUGGAGGGUAUCCGCAUACGGGUUGUUCCUCCCAAUUGUUCCAGUUGGGAGGACAAUGCAAAAUAGCUUUGUGUACUCCAUUCUGUGUGAGGCAGAGCCAGUCCUAAUUCCAGUUCUAUCUGUCUACAAUUUACAAAACCUUGGCAGAGGCAACAGAUUAAAAAAAAGGAGACAUUUUGUCUGCUUCUUGGCUUCAGACCCUACUAGACUGGUCUUCACAGCGUAGGAAACCCCAGCAGUGCCUUCCCUGAUCCUCGAGCCCUUUGGGAAGCAGAAAGGUUAGAAAGGCAACGCACUCCAAAGUCGGACCAUUUCAUCCAUGCCUGAAAAUUGGAACAAAUCACACAAAAUGAAAUGAAAACACAGGGCCAAACUACAUGUGUGCAAAUGGAAGCUCAGUGGCUUCUUCUUUGCUUUGCUCCAAAAGCUGCUUGAGAAAUGGCAAGGAGGAGGCACUUAAACCUGUCUCCAUCUCAAAUUACCUCUCUAAGUGAAAUAUGACAACCUUAAUGGGGCUGAAGUUCCAGGCAAGUUGGGAGAAGUGAUGUAGUAGAUCAGAGGGCAUCAGAGAUGUCCUGUUUCAGUCUUGUAAAGCAAGGAUUGGAUUAGUACCCAGUGCACAUGAACUCACAUCUUACAGCAGGCUGCACACAAGAAUACCUGCACAUUCAACUGUAGAAAAGGUGUUUGGUUGUAGGGAGUGGGAACUGGAAAAAAGGGAGAAAAGUUCAAAAAGUUGGGGAAGUGAUUAUGUAGUUUGGUUCAUAGUCUUCUGACCUACUUUGGAUUACUUGAUUAGCAAGGCAGCGCUUAUCUUCUGAAAAGUCAUUUCAUAGGGAAAUCUGGUCAUUUUUCACCAUGCAUUUCUUUUGAGGUCCUGAUCCAAAAUGGGUUAUCAAAACUUUCCCUUUGCUUUCCUGGCCAAACCUCCUGGCACUGUCCUUUCUGAAGCUGUCAGUGUAGUUCUUAAUCUGUUUUCUGUAGGUUCCCACAGCCAACCUGGUAAACCUCCUAUAGGCUAGUCGCUUUCCCUUGCCCCCCAAUCAAAUCCAUAUGUUCCUUCGUUGAGUUAAACCAGAUAUAUUUAUUUGCCUUAGAACUGCAUGGCUUUGCUGGCAUGAAAAUGUGGUUCUCCCGUGUAAAAAAACCCCAAUAAUUUAACAGAAUUCAUUGGGAUAUGGGAUGUUUUCCUUCCUUGGUGAAUUUAGUUUUGAUUGAUAUAUACAUACAGGCAACUCAAAAGUUCAACAAAGGGCAAGGAUGUAACAAUUCAGAAGUGUGCCUUGAAUUUAUGCUGUUUGAAUUUUAGUGCUUUCUGUACUUUGGGGAAGAACUUGGUUGUGCCUUGCUGGAUUCAAGAGGGUAAUUAGCAGUGAAGGCUGAUACAUUAGAGCACGCCCAUCAGUCUUGAUUUCUCCAGGCCCACCUGCCUUCUCAUUUACAACCAGUUCCAGAGGGUGGCUGUGGCUAUCUGCUUCCCCCUUAGCUUCAGUUUUCCCUUAGUUGGUGCCACCUCCAUUUGGUGUUGCGCCCCUUUUAAAGCAGAGGUUGUAUGGCCAUCUGUCAGGGGUGCUUAGUUGCAAUUCCUGCUGCAUUGCAGGGGGUUGGACUAGAUGACCUUUGGUAACACCUUCCAACUCUACAUUUCUAUGAUUCCCACCCUACAAGUCCCAGUGACCAUCUACCACCACUGGUGAUAAAGUUUGUAGCUUAAGAAACAUGGUUUUAUAUUUAUGCAUUGUGCCUUGAUAAACUGACAAUUAAAAAAAAUCAGUAAAGCAAUGCAUUAUAAUUUCCUGGAACUAACCUUUAACUAAACUAUUGGUGUACAGCUGAAUUAAACUUCAGUAUUACAUUAUGACUUUGGUUCUAAAUACCCAUUAGAAUUGUUUAAGACUACAGUAUGUUGUUAAAGUGAAUUAGGAAUCAGCCUUUUCAGUGCCAGGAUAGCAUUACUUAGGAACCCUAUAUAGGUUUAUGUUAAGAUUAUUUUGAAAUCAACAGGGUUCAAAACUUUAGCUUCUCAUUUGCAUUAGAUGACCUUGAAACGCUUAAAUUAAAAAACCCAUCUUGCUAUAUGACUUGGGGAUCUGCUCUUUGAGAAACACAAGACCAAAAGCUAGUUACAUGGUUCCGAUUUAAAUGAGAUGUUUGUAGCUGUGGAUUUAUAGACAGACAUCAACAUACCUUAUAAGAACUGCUAUAUAGGAAGGAAGAGAACUAUGAAAGAAUUUAAAUUGCUCUUCUUUAAUAUUUGCAGGUUGUGACUCUGCUGGGAAAAAUGGAACGCCUGCGAAGUUCUCCUCUUCAUGCUAACAUCUCUACUGCUCUUGACAAGCACCUGGAAGCAAUUCACAUUGUGCAGUCCCGUAGAAAGGAUGAAAUUGUCAAUGCUUCACAUCGGCAAAGACAAGGAGCUCCCAGAUGUCAAGAUGAUAGAGGUGCACUUUUCUUUUAAUAUUUGUUCUCCCAGUUUCUCUGCCUGGAGCUGUUUCAGGGCUUUUGCUCCAAAUAAGAGAGGCAUGUUUAAUAUUUGGUUGAAAUUUACACACCUAGCAAAGAGUAAGCACAUUGUGUACUAGAUAACAAUUUCCAAAGUAGUAUUAGAUUCAGUAGGAUUUCACCAAGGCUGCUUUGGAGUACAGUGGUACCUCGGGUUAAGUACUUAAUUCAUUCCGGAGGUCCGUACUUAACCUGAAACUGUUCUUAACCUGAAGCACCACUUUAGCUAAUGGGGCCUCCUGCUGCUGCCGCGCCGCCGGAGCACAAUUUCUGUUCUUAUCCUGAAGCAAAGUUCUUAACGUGAAGCACUAUUUCUGGGUUAGAGGAGUCUGUAACCUGAAGCAUAUAUAAGAACCCGAGGUACCACUGUAAAUGAUUUGAUCACUACAAUCCAAGAAUUGCUGUGCAAACAAAUUCUUUUGACUAUGGUGUAUUGACUGCUAAAUCAGUUUACUGCCAUAUACUGUAAGUCUCCCCUGGCACUUUUGGGUUUUCAUUACAGUGCUAAACAUUGGUACAAGGUUCAGAGUUGAGAUGCCAGAUUACUUGAUGCAAUGCAUCCAGAAUGUCUUCUGGAAUUAAAGAGUGGUAUUCCAUCAUGUACACUGGUUCUUCUUUCAUGCUGUUCUUUUUUACCCAGGGGUCAGCAACCUUUUUCAGCCGUGGGCUGGUCCACUGUCCCUCAGACCAUGUGGUGGGCCAGACUUUAUUUUGAGGGGGGAAAUGAAUGAAUUCUCAUGCCCCACAAAUAACCCAGAGAUGCAUUUUAAAUAAAAGCACACAUUCUACUCGUGCAAAAACACCAGGCAGGCCCCACAAAUAACCCAGAGAUGCAUUUUAAAUAAAAGGAUACAUUCUACUCAUGUAAAAACACGCCGAUUCCCAGACUGUCCGCGGGCCGGAUUGAGAAGGCGAAUGGGCCGCAUCCGGCCCACGGGCCUUAAAUUGCCUACCCAUUUUUACCCACCAUAUGAAACAGUGGUAAUUGGAACACUCUGAAUUAUGUUAGUGGAAUGCACGAAAAAAACACUCCACCACUCUUUUUUAAGGAGAAUUAGGAGACCCAAACUCCUUUAAGGAGCGAGAACUUGUACUCACAGAUGUCUUCUGCACUCACUACUUACAAGGGACUUCAUGGAGAAUUUAGUCUCUAGGCCCUGCCAAUAGUAGGAUUUCCCAGCCUUUCAUCAUCCCUAAGAGAUGUUUAUCCUUUAUAAGACAACUAUCAGUUAUUGUUUACAUGACUUGUAGGGAAAGCUGCUUCAUUCACAUUAUGCUUGACUGAUUAGCUCAGAAAUCUUUAUCUCCUUGAAUAUCUCUUGCAAAUGGAUUAUUGAAAUAAUGGGAGGUAUGCAAAAACACAAAUGUAAGUUUAGCUGUUUAGCUGUUUCUUUUUGCUUCACUGAGUCUUUGAAGAAGUUCCUUGUGGAUUCUGUUCUUUAGGGAGAGAAUGUGUAUUUGGCAUUCAUAAUUUGCAUACCUUGCAUUUCUACCACUGUUCAAACUGACAGGAAUUAUUCUUGUACAACAGCCAGUGAAAGCAGCAAAACAUUAAUGCAGUUUUCUGUGCUAAAGUACACAAUUUUGAACACUUCAAAAGAGUAGCAACAUCAAAUAUUGUUUCCCCCCCAUCUCAGAUGUUUUUGCUCUUGCGCUGGCCAUUAAAGAGAUGUGCACAGCAACACGCAAAGCUCGCACUACGCUGUGGUGUGCCCUUCAGAUGACCUUGCCAAAAACAACCCCGACAACUGGAACAGCGGAUGUGGAAAAAGCCUUACAUGAGCUAGUCCUACCUGAAGAUAAGACCUAUGAACAGAUGAAUAGUGGCAACCCUGCGAUCCAGAGGGGAGAAACAAAAAAACAUUGAGGAAAAAAUAGAGAUAAUAGAUAUGGAUGUAUUAUAGCACUGUACUAAAUAUUGUAAAUGAACUUUUAAAGCUUUCCUUCCAAAUUAAAAGUAAAGAGAUAUGUGAACUGAAGUUUGCUUAUCCUAAACCCAGCAGCUACCUGCUGAGUAGCUGUUAACGCAAGCCAAGAAGCCUUUGAUGUUAUCAGAAUCAAUAUAUUGACUGGGCAGAUCUAACGUUAUGUUAAAUAAAUCAGAAAGUUUUAAACUGCCAAAGUAGAACUUAAAUCCAUUCUACAGUGCAGGCAUAUGCAAUGAUCAUUCUGCCUGUGUGAUACAGUUCUUUUAGAUUUCGUUAGUAAUUCUGUUUUCAAAUAAUGAAUUUGAAUUACUGUCACAUGUUACUGUGUGCAGUCUAGUAACAGAUAAGUUUUGAUUGUGAUAGAAAAAGAAUUUGUUCUCUUUAGACAAUGAGUACCUGGAAACAGGAAGGAAACAAAGCUAAACAUACCCAGUAUGAAUGUUAAAUGAAAAUAUUUAAAAAUACUUAUUUAUGAAUUUGAAAUCUUAAGAAUCUAAAAGAAAUUGACCAGAUUUUCUUAAAUUAGUGAUAUUAUAUAAAGCCAUUAUCUAACCAUGCAUGUUAGGGAACAUUAAAAAAAAACUUGCAAAAAUCAUUUGUACCUAUUUUAAAUAAUAUCAAUAUUAUCUGUUAAAAGUAUUUAAAUGUGAUCAAAAUUACAUUUAUAUAAUUGAGCCUUUAGCAGUUGCACUGCAGCUGAAAUAAUGAAUAUUUUAACACCCUUGGUUUACUACUUUUAAAGAGGGUAUCAAGAAGUUCUGAAGUGCACUUUCUUUGACGUUAACUCUUUAGCCAGUUUGGUUUGAGAUUGUUUGGUGUAUAUUUUGUUUUCUUAGUUUGCUUCUGCAUACUUUAGCACUGUUGAAUGCUUGGUUUUUUUUUCUUAAUAUCUGAUCUUUUUAUUGUAUGUGAGUAAUUUAUUCAAUUAGCAUGUUAUUAUGUGGCUCAGGCGAUCUUGGGUUUUAACAAUCUAGCAUGAAGAUAAAUACAUAAUGUCUGGAUAAAAUUUACUUAUCUACCCUUGGUUAGGUACACAGAUAUUUUAAACAUCUGUGUUCUUCCAACUUUUAGAAAUCCCGGUAUGCUAAAAAGUGUAAUCAAACUACAAAUUGCCUUUAGAUGAUGUAAGGGACUGAUUGAGAUUGCAGGAGAAACUGUAGGGGACCAUUUUGAUCAUUGAUACGACUUUCCAUGCUGCCCACAUAAACUUCAUAAGGCAGCAGACUCAUACCACCAUACCAUAGUAGCCACAAAGAUGGGUUGAAUUUUGACAUUGAUACGUUACAUGUUAUGAAAAUAAAUAUUGUACUAUCUUUACUCUCGCCUAAUAAACUGGCUUUUUGUUGAAAAGAAUGCUACAGUUUCUACGUUUGUAUUCCUAUCUUUGGAAGUAAUUCAGGCUCUUGCUAUCAAGAGUUUUAUGUCAAACCUGAGGCCUCCAUAGCAGAUCAUGUCCCUCUCUGUUUUAUCACUACAGUGGUGCCUCGCAAGACGAAAUUAAUCCGUUCCGCGAGUGUCUUCGUCUAGCGGUUUUUUCGUCUUGCGAAGCAACCCUAUUAGCGGAUUAGCGCUAUUAGCGGUUUAGCGGCUAUUAAAGGCUUAGCUGCUAAAAGGCUAUUAGCAGCUUAGCGGC